AUGGCCACACCCAACUCACAAGAGAACGUCACUAAAUCCGGAAUCACCACCGACGCAGUCACAGGAGAGCGCUACAUCCCCUCUUCAGUGCGGGCCGACGGCUCAAAGCGUAAAGAGAUCAAAGUCCGACCAGGGUACCGCCCUCCCGAGGACGUGGAACUAUACCGGAACCGCGCUGCAGCUGCAUGGAAGAACCGCGGGAAAACCGGCGGUGUGCCGGGAGCAGAGGGUUUGACGCCAACGGGCAGCGACGCCUCGAAACCGGUUUCGGGUAGCGGCAGCGCAGCCAGCAACAAGAACGCGAAGAGGCGGGAAGCGAAGAAGAAGGCAAAGACCGACGUUGACGGUUCGGCAAAGACUACGAAUGGAAAGGACAUCUCUCAGAUCGAGAAUUGGCGUGCGGCCCCGGCGAGGCAGCAGCAACAGGACCCAUCUACGCCUGCGGAUCCUGUUGACCCGGAGGUGGAGCGGGAGAAGAAGGCUCGGAAUCUGAAAAAGAAGCUUAAGCAGGCGCGGGAGUUGAGCGACAAGAAGAACCAGGGGGAGGCGCUGCUGCCGGAGCAGCUGGAGAAGGUGAUCAAGAUCCAGGAGUUGAUUCGCCAGCUUGAUGCACUUGGGUUCGAUGCCAAUGGGGAUGACAAGAAAGGCCAGAAGGAGGAGAAACCGGAGAAGUAG